AUGGAGCCGAGACAUAAUCCCAGAACGCCGGUGAAACUCCCGAAAGGGUUCCGAUUUUCCCCCAAGGAUUGGGAGCUUAUAAAAUACUUAGAGUGCAAAGUUUUUAGUAAACCCUUGCCUUGUGAUCAUGUCAUACGGGAUAACGUUGAUGUCUAUGACUCCGACUAUCAUCCAAAAACGUUAAUCGAUCGCCAUGGCGACGACGAAAACGUGGUGUACGUUUUCACGAACCGGAAGAAAGUGGCAGAAAAAGGGAAAAACUAUGGAAGAUCGGCUGGGGAAUAUACAUGGAAAGCCAACAACAGGGGCACACCAGUUGAGAAAGAGGAUGGGUUAGGCGAAAAAGUAAAAGUGGGAUGGGUUAAGACUUUAUGUUUGGUAAACCGGAUGGAGGAGAGGACUGGAUACAUUAUGAAAGAGUUUACCUUGCCUAAAUCUGAUCUCGAGAAUGCAAGUGAUGAAUUCAAGCAUUAUGCUUUGUGUCGCAUCUACAAGAAACCCAAGAAGGAUAAAGCAAAAGCCAAGAAAAACAAAUCCAAAGAAGACCUAAAGCAGGAAGCUGUUGAUGAUGUCCCUUCAUUGAUCUCUUUCGAAACACCGCCGGAUCAUCAAAAUGCAGUCAAUAAUGAUAUUCAUGCAGCAUUACAAUAUGAAGAUCCGAUAGAAUUCAGUUUUGCGGAUUCCAUCGUUCCACCACAACUCGACCAAAUUUUCGACCAUAAUACACAACAACAGGAUGACACAUUUGAUGAGAAAUUCAGUUGGUUGAUGAAUGCGCUGGAGCAGUAUAAUGAUCCUCAUGAUCUGUUAUCUACCCAACAAGAUCCGUUCCUCCCUGGUUGGUAUGAUCAUCAUCAGCUUUUGGUAACACAAGGAUUUUCUGAAUCAUGCAGUUCCUCUCAAAAUCAAAUGUAUCCACUCACUGCAUUCCUACCAAAUUAUCAACAAACCCUAAUCGAUUGCCAAGAAGAACCGAAUCAAGAGAAGCUCCAAGCAUCGAAAAUGGGGAGCAUUGAUUUUGAUAUAAUGAAACCAUCAACCUCUAGGGUCACAUUGAAGCGACUCCGUGAGCUGAACAGAGACAAUAAAGAUUUAGGGACAUUGCCGGAGAUUGAUAGACAAAUUCCGAAAGUGCCAAAGAUGAUGACGAAGAAGAGUCGGACGCACUCCCAAGUUCUUGCAAAUACCAAUCAAGAAGAAAUGUGUGAUAACAAUAGGGGAGUUUGUUCGAAAUUCGGAUGGGAGCUUGCAAAAAUGUUAGCAAGUUCCAACCAAGGGAAUUCAAUACCAAAUGAAGAUCCAAUGAUUGAUAACGAAUUGGGGUUGGAAAGAUUAAGGGAUUUCAUGAUGCCUAGUUAA